AUGAAGCUUGCUGUUCUUGGCCGUGAGAAGCUGGACGAGCUGGAAUCGUGGGUAACUGAACUCUUCUCGGAUGUGCCCAACCAGAACCUCCCCAAGUUGCGCUGGGAUGAUGUACCCGCCUUGACAGAGGCCGAGCUGGGCACGCAGAUCUCUGUCAAGCCCGUCAUGGACAUGCGCCUGCUCGACAUGCACUUUGUCUAUGCUGACGAGGAGAAUCUAUGGGAAUCUCAACCCGCCAAGUAUCUCAGCCACCUCAUCGGCCACGAAGGGCCCGGCUCCAUCCUCGCAUACAUCAAGGCAAAGGGUUGGGCCAACGGUCUUGGUGCUGGUCCCAUGAACAUCUGUCCCGGUACCUCGCAUUUCUCCAUCUCCAUCCGCCUCACCGAAGACGGCCUCAAAAACUACCAAGAGGUCGUCAAGGCUGUCUUCCAAUAUCUUGCCAUGGUCAAGGAGCAGCCUCCACAGGAAUGGAUUGUUGAUGAGAUGGCCAAGCUUGCAGAGGUCGACUUCCGCUUCCGUCAGAAGAUUCCUGCCAGUCGUACCGUCAGUGCUCUGAGUGGUGUCAUGCAAAAGUCCUUCCCUCGUGAUAAGCUGCUCAGCGCCCAGUCUUUGAUCUGGAAGUUCGAUUCAGACGCCAUCAAGCGCGGCCUUGACUACCUCCGACCUGACAACUUCCGCAUCACUCUCGUCUCUCAAGAAUACCCUGGCGACUGGGAUCAGAAGGAGCACUGGUAUGGUACCGAGUACAAGUACGAGAAGAUGCCCAAGAAGUUUAUGAAGGAGUUGGAGGCUGCCAGCAAAGCUUCGUCAUCGCAGCGUCCAUCUGAGUUGCACAUGCCUGCGAAGAACGAGUUUGUGCCGUCUCGUCUUGAUGUAGAGGUCAAGGAGGUCGAGAAACCUGCUGUUUCACCCAAGCUGAUUCGCAAUGAUGUGAACGUCCGCACAUGGUGGAAGAAAGAUGAUCAGUUCUGGGCACCAAAGGCGAACAUCAAGGUCUUCUUCAGGUCACCUCUGGUCAGCAUGUCUGCUCUUACUGCUGUCACUACUCAACUGUACAAGGAUUUGGUUGAAGACUCUUUGACUGAGUACUCUUACGAUGCCGAGCUUGCUGGCCUCGAGUAUGAUCUUCAAAAUCACGCCCAGGGCUUCGAUGUUACCAUCAGUGGUUACAACGAUAAGAUGGCUGUUCUUCUAGAGAAGGUCUUGAUCUGCAUGCGUGAUCUAGAGGUCAAGGACGACCGCUUCGACAUUGUCAAGGAUCGCACUCUCCGGGGAUGGCGCAACUUUGGCUACCAACAGCCUUAUCACCAGAUCAGCACCUACAGCAGAUGGCUGGUAGCCGAAAAGGGCUUUAUUGUUGAUCAACUGCUAGAGGAGCUCGACCAAGUCACCGCUGACGACAUUCGCAAGUUCUUCCCACAAGUCCUUAACCAGAUGCACAUCGAGGUUCUUGCUCACGGCAACCUCUACCGCGAAGACGCGCUCAAGAUGACUGACCUGGUAGAGUCGAUCAUGAAGCCCAAGACCCUUCCUGCUGGUCAGUGGCCUCUCCGUCGCUCUAUCGUCCCUCCUCAAGGCAGCAACUUUGUCUUUGAGCGUACUCUCAAGGAUCCUCAGAACGUCAACCACUGUAUCGACUACCAGUUGUUCACUGGCCUCUUGACUGAUCGUUCAAACCGCGCCAAACUUCUGCUAUUCGCACAAAUGUCAGACGAAGGUUGCUUUGACACUCUCCGCUCAAAGGAGCAGCUCGGCUAUGUUGUUCAGUCCAUGCCGCUGAUGCUCACAGCCAUCUCUGGUUGGCGUGUGUUGAUCCAGUCAGAGAGGUCACCCGAAUACCUCGAGAAGCGCAUCGACGUCUUCUUGAAUACUUUCGGUGACAACCUCAAGAACAAGAUGAAGGAUGAGGAGUUUGAGUCGCACAAAACAGCUCUGAUCAACAAGCGCUUGGAGAAGAUGAAGAACCUGAACCAAGAGAGCGGUCGUUUCUGGCACCACGUUACUAGCGAAGCCUUUGACUUUGAGCUCGGUAAGUCCUGUUUCUUGCGUACCACUGACUAUAUUUACUGA